GAUUUGCGUGCGUGGGUGCGUGUGCAGGUGCUCCUAGGAGACCUUGGCGCCGGGAAGACCAGCAUCGUGGUCCGGUUCGCCAAGGGGCUCUACUACGAGUGCGAGGAGUCGACCAUCGGGGCAGCCUUCUUCUCGCACGCCCUCCCCGUGAACGGCGUUGGCGAGGACGCCACUGUCAGGUUUGACAUCUGGGACACCGUCGGCCAGGAGCGCUACCACAGCCUCGCCCCCAUGUACUACCGCGGCGCCGCCGCCGCCGUCGUCGUCUACGACAUCACUAGCACGGAUUCGUACACCCGAGCAAAGAGGUGGGUCGACGAGCUUCAGAGACAAGGGAACCCGCAUCUGGUGAUGGCGUUAGUGGGCAACAAGGUCGAUCUGAAAAAAAAGAGGAAGGUUGGCACACAGUACGCGGAGCGGAACGACCUCUUCUUCAUGGAGACGUCGGCCAAGACGGCGCAGAACGUCGGUGAGCUCUUCUACUAUCUAGCCGAGAGGCUGGUGAAGGUGCACACCAGCCAUCCAACCGGGAUGGUCCUGCACGACGACGACCAGCGCGGUGUCCGGGGACGGUGGUUCUGUUUGUUCCGGGUGAUCGACGUUGCGUGUCGCAUGCUGACGGCGGGGCUGGCGGGAGUUCAGGCGGAGCGGCGCGCCCGUCAGCCGCAGAUCGGGAUCAGGCGGCGAUGGACUUCUCCGACGACGUCAAGCAGGCGAUCCCGCGCCCCGUCCUGGCCUUUGGCGGUGUCGGCAGCGCUGGGCCAUCCCCGCUGCUCAAGGGCUGGCGGGGCGACGAAGCCGGAGCUCCGCCCCCGAGAUGAUGUCGGCCGCCACUGGAAGCUCCUCCCCUUCCUCUUCAGCUCAGCGGUACAUGCCCGCCCGGCCUCGUCUCCUCCUUCCUCUCCCCUCGGUCGGCGGUCGACGCCGGUUUAG